CAGGGAAGGAGUUAUUCUGACCUCUUCCCUUCUUCCUUCCCAUUACAUAAAAUAAGACAAAAUAUGCCUCGUUGCAGCAAUGCAACCGUCUGUAUUGCCAAUUUCCUCACCAUUCUGAUCGCCGUCCCCCUCAUCUGCAUUGGCCUCUAUCUUAGGACUCAAGAUGGUGCCAAAUGCCAAAAUAGCAUCCCAUGGGUAGUCAUAGCCACGGGUGCCGCUCUUUUGUUCCUAUCUCUAUGUGGUAUCCUUGGGUCAUGCUGCCGUGUAAACUUUUUCAUGUUUAUAUAUCUCUUCUUAAUGUUCCUGAUGAUUAUUAGCGUCAUCAUCUCCAUGUGUUUCUCUUUCGUGGUCACAAGUAAGAAGGUGGAAAAAACUGUGUCGGGCCUGAAGCUAGGGAAUUCUUCGAACUGGCUUCAGAAAUUUGCCACAUCAAAAUGGGAUGAAACAGAGAAGUGCAUGAAGGAGACAAAGAUGUGCAGCAGUCGGGUGUUUGAGCUUAUCGCCAAAGGAGAUAAUACAGAGACAGGACGUUGGUUGAGCAAGACUGACCUUUAUGAUGAGCUAUCUCCUGUGCAGGCCGGCUGCUGCAGACCACCUAACGAUUGUGGUUUCACGAGAGUUAACGAUACUUACUGGGAAGCACCAAAAUCAGGGAAAUUCACAUCAUCGAACAAUGACUGCAAAGCAUGGAGCAACAGUCAAGAUGGGAUGUGCUAUAGCUGUGAAUCGUGCAAAGCUGGAACAGUUGCGGGUGUGAGGAAAAACUUUAGAAUCAAUGCUUGGGUUAAUGUAGGCACUCUUGUGUAUCUCCUUAUCGUCUAUACCUUAGGAUGUUGUGCUUUCCAUAACAACAGAGCCAACAAAUAUGAACGCGCUUGAGUUGGCAUAGAGGUGGCCGACAUUCUUGAGUUGGAUUCCUUGACUUGUAUCUAUGUACUGAUUAUAAUAGUAGAAGAUAAGUCAAUGGUGAAGUUCAAUGAAAUUUCUAUGUAACAUAUGACACUCAUCAUCUUGUUGUUA